AUGCCACAGGAGGUUAAGGUUGGCUUUUCUCAAGACCACCAUAACAUCCCACUAGCUAGACUCCGGUCAGUCCUGUUUACUGAUGAGUCGAAGUUUUGUGUUGCCUUCAAUGACGGCAGGAGACGUGUGUGGCGGCAGAAAAAUGAGCGAUUCAAGGACUGUUGCAUCCAAGAACACGAUAGGUUUGGUGGUCCGUCAGUACUUGUUUGGGCUGGGUUCUCCUAUGUUGGUUCUACUGACUUGUACGUUAUCCAAAACGGUUCUUUGACCGGUGUUCGCUAUCGAGAUGAGAUCCUUGAUGCAUUUGUGCGACCUUAUGCUGGUGCUGUGGGCCAGGCCUUUGUGCUUAUGGGCGAUAACGCCCGUCCGCACCGGGCUCGUGUUGUCAAUGCCUACAUUGAACGCGAAGAAAUAGAGCGUAUCGACUGA